CCGAGUGCUUCACAAUCACAUCACUUCCUUCCCUUACUCACAAAAGACAUGGGAAACCUCUCCCUUUCCCUCUCCCUCUUCCUCCUCCUCAACCUCUCCGCCCUUCUCUCCACCCUCGCAUGCGACUGCGGCAAGCCCCCUUCCCACCACCCUCCCGCCCCCAAGUACAAACCGCCGCAUUUCCCCCCGAAACCCCCCAAAUCCCCGCCCUACAAACCCCCCAAAUCCCCCCCUCCCUACAAACCCCCCACCGUCAAACCCCCUCCUCCUCCCUAUGUCCCAAAGCCGCCGGUAUCCAAGCCUCCUCCACCCUACGUCCAGCCUCCAGUAUCCAAGCCUCCUCCCCCAUACGUCCAGCCACCAGUACCCAAACCACCACCGCCACCAAGGUACGUGCCAGUGCCUAGCCCACCACCACCAGUGAAGCCAGCUCCAGUAGUGCCGUCACCGGACACACCGUGCCCACCACCGCCACCAAAGCAAGGGACAUGCCCCAUUGACACGCUGAAGCUGGGUGCGUGUGUGGACUUAUUGGGUGGGCUGAUCCAUAUCGGAAUUGGCGACCAAACCAAACAAACUUGCUGCCCGGUUCUUGAAGGGCUCGUGGAUUUGGACGCGGCGGUGUGCCUUUGCACCACCAUUAAAGCUAAGCUUCUGAAUAUCAACCUCAUCAUCCCCAUUGCCCUUCAAGUACUCAUCGACUGUGGCAAACACGCUCCCUCUGAUUUCCAAUGCUCCCCUUACUAGAGUCACGGGCGGACGGAAAAAGAUAAUAAUAAUAUUCGAAAUUGGCAAGUGACAGCAGUAGAAGCAGACAAGACAAGCCUACUUUUUUUUCUUUUUCUUUUUUUUUUUUUAAUUAAUGUUUGGUUUGGUGUGAAAUUUUAAUUUUAAUUUUAAUUUUGUGUUUGUUUAUUGUCGUGUAGUAAAAAUAUCAAAUCUAUGUUCUGUGCCACAAAAAGUGACUGUUUUUCAUUAAACAUUUUAAUAAUAUUUUUAA